CCGAGGUUGCACCCCCUCCGCGCAAAGACCUUCUGCCCCACGUAUACUGACACAUUGUUCCCGGCGAAAGACCGGGAUCUACGUGGUUCUGCAGGGCGUCUCGUCGCGCAAUCGACAUGCUGGGCUAUCGAAUGUCGGCCUAAAUCCAAUGACGGACAAUCAUCCCUCUCCCGAUUACUCCCGCCCCCAGUUUCCUACCCAUCAUGAACCACGGGUAUGGGUGAUUACGGCUGGAGAUUCACCCAUCGGGAUAUCAGUGACUCGCCAGAUCCUCAAGCAUGGUGACUGCGCUCUGGUCGGACGGGCUUACUCAGAGUCGGAUCGAGACGAAUGCCGUCGCGAUGGCUUCGACGCUUUUCUGGCUGAGAUCGAAAGGCACAAUGACGAGGGCUGGGGACAGCGAUUUAUGGCUGUUCCCUUAGAUAUAAGAAUGGUCGGUGAAUGCCAAGCAGUCGUCGCGCAAGCGGUUGCGACCUUUGGCAAAGUAGACAUUCUCUUGUGCUGCACUAGCCAAGCCCUCAUUGGUACAGUGGAAGAGCUAGCAGCUUCCCAGCAGACCUUGAACUUAGUUCGGGACCAAUUCGAGAUCAACUACUUUGGGCCCUUGAACAUCAUCAAGGCGACACUUCCUCAUAUGCGUCGACAAAAAUCGGGGCACAUCAUGAUUCUUUCCGGCAUAACUGCUCACAUCGGCACACCAGGGCUGGGAAUGUACUGCGCCGCAGGUUGGGCUUUGGAAGGCUUCUGCGAUAGUCUCGCCUACGAGAUAGCGCCGUUCAAUGUCAAACUCACAAUCUUUCAAUGCAGUAUCGAAAUUGGAAUCUUGACCAAUCUAGUUACCAGUGUACCUCCGAUCACGCCAGUCUACUCUUCCGCAGUCAACCAAGCGCCACUUUUCCGCGGAAUAUUGAAUCGUCUCGUAUCUCGCCUGCCGAACCAUGAUACUCGAAAUGCAGGGACAGCGAACGGCUUGGCCAGCCCCAACCGAGGGAAUCCUGUCGAAGACGGUCCAUUUUCUGCACCAGAUGUCAUUUCAACGUACCCUCCACUCAGUUCUGCGCACAUGGAAGUCUUAGUAACGGAGACCGUUUAUGCUAUUACGGCUAUCGGUGGUCAUGAAAACCCGCCCUCCCGACACAUUGUGGGCCAGGAAGGUGUCGCUAGUGUCAAGGAGAAGCUUAAGACGGUCAGUGAGGAGUUGGAGGACUUCAUUCAAUCAAGCUUUGCUGUGGAUUACGCAGCCGAUGAUGCCAGCCGACUACCUAAGGACGACGGCAUGAGCACUGGUCAGGACGCGGCCUGAAUUUAUUUGAAGGACCAUGUGUAGCGUAUGACAAAGUAUUCUCAGCCAGCUACCGACUGGGCAUAUUCGAUCUAAAUGAGAUAUCUACCCUAGGCUAAUCCAAGAACCGAUUACAUGCGCCUUGUAAU